CAGUCGGUGCCAUCGUCUACGCCCCUGGGAGCGUUGUGGCGGCUGUUUCCUGCGGCGUUCCUCUUCCUGCUCCACCAUGUGGAGCCGACGGCAGGGCCGCCUUAGGCCCACGGUCUGCGGGGUGGAGGAGCUACGGCGCCGCCGGCGGGAGCAGGAGGCAGCACUGCGGAAGGCGCGGAGGGAGCAGCAGCUGGUCAGCAAGAGGCUGCUGAGAGAAGACGCCCCAGAGGAAGCUGGAGAGGGAUGUGUGGCUGCGAUCCUCGGCGAAGCCGAGGUGAGGGGGCAAGGCAAGGUGCGCUGGAGUCCACGCCGCUGGCGCCAGACUCCCGGGAGUACUCGAGGUCUGCCCCAAACCUGAACGCAAUCCACUCUACACUUCCAUGCAUCCAGUGGGUCAAGCCAGAAACAGGGGAAUCAUCCUGCACAACUCUUUGACCCUCAACCUCAUAUCAGUCCAUCAUCAAGUCCUAGUUGUUUACCUCCUGAAGAGCUUUGGAGUCUUUACAUGCCUCACCAUCGAAGCUGCCACCACUACCACCUCUCUGGAUGCUACUGCAGUCUCCUAAAAGGUGCAGCAGUUCCUGCGGCAAGCCCAGCGGGGUACAGAAGAAAAGGAGAGAGAGGGGGCUCUGGUUAGCCUUCGUCGAGGCUUGCAGCACCCUGAAACGCAGCAAACCUUCAUCCAGCUGGAGGGCAGCAUGCGGACCCUGGUCGGGCUCCUGACCAGCAACCAGGCUCUGCUGCAGCUUGAGGCGGCUCGGUGCCUGCAUGAGCUUUCUCACUCUGAGCAGUCCACCAUUGCUGAGGCCUGCCUGCCAGCUACUUCCUACCUCCUCACCUACCUCUCCGGUCACAGCUCAGACUUCAUAGAGCUGUGUCUGUAUACACUGGGUAACCUGAUCGUGGAGAGUGAGGCUGUGAGAAGGCAGCUCCUGCCACAGGGCAUUGUUCCAGCCUUGGCUGCCUGCAUCCAGUCCCCCCAUGUGGCUGUGCUGGAAGCUCUCGGAUAUGCCUUGUCCCAGCUUCUACAGGCUAAGGAAGCUCCAGAGAAGAUCAUUCCCAGCUCCAUCUUGGCCUCCACUCUCCCUCAGCACAUGCUACAAAUGUUGCAACCUGGCCCAAAGCUGAACCCUGGGGUCGCUGUGGAGUUUGCCUGGUGCCUUCAUUACAUCAUCUGCAGCCAGGUCAGCAAUCCUCUGCUCAUUGGCCAUGGGGCUCUGUCUACUCUGGGGUUGCUGCUGUUGGACUUGGCUGGGGCUGUCCAGAGAACUGAGGAUGCAGGACUGGAGCUGCUGGCAUGCCCUGUGCUUCGAUGUCUAAGCAACCUGCUAACUGAGGCAGCAGUGGAGACUGUGGGAGGGCAAAUGCAGCUCAGAGAUGAGCGUGUUGUGGCAGCCUUAUUUAUCCUGCUGCAGUUCUUUUUCCAGAAACAGCCCAGUCUACUCCCUGAGGGCCUCUGGCUCCUCAACAACCUCACUGCAAACAGUCCUAGUUUCUGUACCUCCUUGCUCUCCCUGGAUCUGAUUAAGCCCCUCUUGCAGCUGUUGCCAGUAUCUAAUGUGGUGAGCGUAAUGGUGCUCACAGUUUUGUGCAAUGUUGCAGAGAAGGGUCCUGCUUACUGCCAGCGGCUGUGGCCAGGGCCCCUGCUUCCCGCCUUGCUGCACACACUAGCCUUUUCUGACACUGAAGUAGUAGGCCAGAGUUUGGAGCUGCUGCAUCUGCUGUUCCUGUAUCAGCCAGAGGCUGUUCAGGUCUUCCUGCAGCAGUCAGGGCUGCAGGCCUUGGAAAGGCAUCAGGAAGAGGCCCAGCUCCAAGAUCGCGUGUAUGCUCUCCAGCAGACAGCUCUUCAAGGGUGAUGUCGUUUCUCAAUGUCACUCAUUCCCCCUCUCUUAACAUCAAGCUUCUUUGUCCAGUAGAGUCUUCGGAGACAGCAGAGCCUUUGGAGAUUUAGGACCAUAAUGAUGUCUCAUGUUCUCUGCUCCCAUACCUAAGCCAAGACCUUUGGGUCCCAGCUCCUCCUCUUUCACUUAGCACUAUCUAGGCAGGAGGACCAAAAGGGACUGUUUGGUCUACUUAUUCUGGGGCCCUAGAAUCCCUGCCUCCCACCCUUCAUUUUUGCUUCAGCAGCUGGUAGCUUUUGAUGAGACAGAAUAAAGUUUUAUUUUUAUAUUAA